AUGUUCUCUAAAUAUGUAGAAAAUGUUGAUGAAAGAGUUGAUAAUGUCUUGGCGUUGGAAAUAAUACCAUUAUUGAUAGAAUUUCUCGAAUGUUAUCACGAUAAUUUAUUACAAGCUGGUUCUACGCAGCAUACACAAGCCUUAGUCGCUGGUGAUGUAACGCAACACCUUAUCAAAGUUCUUACCACGUCAACGAAUAUCGAAGUUCAGACGCAGAUUAUAUGGGCAUUAGGCAAUAUUGCCGGUGAUGGUGCCGUUUUCAGAGACAUUAUAUUAUCGGCUGGAGUGAUCGAACCUUUACUCUAUAUUUUAACACAUUACGAUAAAUACGACUACAUGGCCGUUAGGAUAACAGUCUGGGCAACCGCAAAUAUGUGUCGUGGAUGUCGCUGUUCGGAUCCUUCAUGGUCUUUGAAACAAACGCAGUCAGUUAUCGAUGCUGGUGCAUUGACCAUUUUGACAUCAUCAUUUUUGACAACGAAAAACUUGACACUACGUCGUGAUGCAUGUCUAGCGGUUUCCAAUGUGGCUGCUGGUACAUAUAAACAGGUAAAUGCUGUCCUUACAGAACCUAAUCUAAUAGAGAGUAUUGUCGCUUUACUUUGGGAUAGCGACAUGAAAGUGGUUAAAGAAGCUUGUUGGGUUCUUAGUAACUCUACUAGUCCAAAUUCAUCACAGAUAUUGGCUAAUGAAUACGCUGACAAAUUAGCAUCUGCAGGAAUAGUAGAAGCAUUGAUUAUGACAUGGAAUAAUUCUUCAGUAAACGAAAUUGUAAAAGAGAAAGUACGUGCAUUAUUAGAACGGUGGUUUUGUGGAUAUUUACCACGAAAUAAUCAAAGUAGUGGUGAAAUUGAAGAAGAUAUUGCGUCAAUUGAAGAACGUGUUUCAAGAUUGACCAUCAUGGGUGGUGUUUUUUAG